CCCCAUCAUGCCGCAAUCCAACCCAUCACACCUCACCUCCCUCUCCACGGAGCUCCUCUGGCGCAUCGUCGAGGCCCUGCCCCUGAGCUUGCACUUCGACUUCGCCUACACGUGCAAGUUCAUCACGGAAGGCUGCUCGAAGGUGCUGCAGAAGUAUUGGCAAUGGGUUGGAGAGGGGCGUUUCUGGUUUCAUUGAUGGACGCCAGGCCAGGCAUGUUCGUUCAUUCGAGGUGAGGCGCGACCACGAGUCGUUCCAGCAGUGGAAGACGUUCGAUCUCCAGAACCCGCCCGACGACGAAGACCAGAGCGAGCCCAUCCCCUUCGAGUUCCACGGGGGCGAGCUCUCUGUCUACUUCGCCUCCAUAGAGAAG